AUGUCGACGCAAAUCCCGACCGCCCGCGUCAACAGGAUCAUCAAGGCGGACAAGGACGUCAGGUUGUGCUCGAAGGAGGCUGUCUUCUUGAUCGCCAAGGCUACGGAACACAUGAUCGAGCGCAUGUCGUCUCAGGCGUACCAGACCGCCCGUCUCUCGAAGAAGGGCGCGCCAGCCAAGAUGGUCAAGUACUCAGACCUCGCCAAGACGGCCACUCAGUCACCCGAGUGGUUCUACCUUCACGAAGUGAUCCCGGAGGCUAUCCCGCUGUCGACCGCCCAAGCCCGGCGUCAAGAAACCGAAGAAGUGAUCAACGCCCCUGCAGCCGUCACCACAAAAGCGCCCGAGUCCUCUGCAGCCGGGGCCGGUGCGAAGCGGGUGAUCAAGGGUAAGGGAAAGCGGGUUGCGUCGACCGCCGGACUGGGGCUCGAAGCGUUCGGGUACGGAGUCGGACAGGGAGGGGCGGAUGAGUUGCUCGAGUUGGGCAAGAGGAAGACGAGGGGGAAGGUGUUGAAGUUGCCUGCGGGCGAGGGCGGGGAGCCUGACGAGGACGACUUUGACGAGGAGGGCGCGGCGGACGAGGAUGACGAGGCGGACGCGUAUGUCGAUGACGGGGGGAAGAUGGAUGUCGAUGCGUGA